AUGCACACCAACUGGCUGCGCAGAGCACUGGCAAAAGGCCUGAAGCAGACUGCGCUGGCUGGGCUCGUGCACUGCGUGCUCAACCCAGAUGCAGCCGCGGAGAGAACGCCAAGCCGAAGUCGAUCACGGGGCAGCGGCUCCUUGAUGUCCAAACUUCGAGGUCAAUCACCAUCAUUGAGUAGUGCCAAGCCACCCUUGGGCGAGAGGAGCCUUGCCAGCCUCCCCAAGUCCCACAGACGGCUUCCGCCACGAGCCACUAGCGGGGACAAGGCGUCAGCAGACUCCUCGCCACGCGGUCGCAACACACCUCCGCUGCCUCCGCUGGAGAUCUCACGACCGGCCAGCGCGGCACGGCACAAGCCGAUGGGCCUUGUUCCCCGCAGCAUCGCCCCCCGGCAGGCGCAAGUCUCGGCGGUGGACUGGGGGUGA